AUUUUGCAAAUUUCUUAAAAAGGUGUUAUUUCUUUCGCUUAAAAGAUAAAAAGUUACAGUUUUCAAUUUUCUGGCGUAUUAUAUAUAGAAGCCUAAUUUGGCACAAUACAUAAAACUUUUUUUUUUUUUUUGGAAGGCAACAAUAUAUGGAAAAUCGGCUGCGCCCAAUAUAAAGUCUCGCGCGCGGCCUCCCGGAAGUUAGGGGCUGGCCUUGUUCUCUAAUAAAGAGCGAGCCUGGAUCCCAGCAGAAAGAAAGUGAAGGUAGUUGCUUUCAGACAGCAGGGCAACGGGUCGGUGAGAAGGAGGAAAAGCAGACAAUGAAUGAGUGGAUGCCCAUUGCCAAAGAAUAUGAUCCUCUCAAGGCUGGGAGCAUCGAUGGCACUGAUGAAGAGCCUCACGAUCGGGCCAUCUGGAGGGCGAUGCUGGCUCGCUAUGUGCCCAACAAAGGGGUGUCCGGAGACCCCCACCUCACGCUCUUUGUGGGCAGGCUGAACCUGCAGACCACUGAAGAAAAGCUGAAAGAUGUCUUCAGCAGGUACGGCGACAUUAGGAAGCUGCGGCUGGUGCGGGACGUGGUCACGGGCUUCUCCAAGCGCUAUGCUUUCAUCGAGUACAGAGAAGAACGAUCUCUGUUAAAAGCUUACAGAGAUGCCAACGGACUGGUUAUUGAUCAGCACGAGAUCUUUGUCGACUAUGAGCUAGAACGAAUCCUUAAAGGGUGGAUCCCCCGGAGACUUGGAGGAGGGUUUGGUGGGAAAAAAGAAUCUGGACAACUGAGAUUUGGUGGACGGGACCGGCCUUUUAGAAAACCCAUUAACUUGCCAGUGUUCAAAAGUGACUUCUAUGGAGAGGGCCAGAGGGAGAGGAGGGAGUGGUCCCGAGACAGGAGCUGGGACUGGAGAGCCAGAGAUCGAGACCAUGACAGGGGCCGAGAGAAGAGGCGGCAAGAAAGGGAGAGCAGCAGGGCCUGGGAUGAGAAUGAGAGGGAAAGAGAGCGGGACUUCAGAGAAGAGAGGAGCAGGGGCCGAGAGAGGAAGGACCGAGAGAGAAGAGAUAGGAGCAAGGAGAGAGACUCCAAAAAGCAGAGGGAGGAUGAUAAACACAAGUAGAGACUUUAACUCCUGACAUCUCCAUGAAGCAGCUGCCCCUCUCCUUAGCACCUGCACGGGCACUGGUUGGCGAGUCAGUCAGCUGCCAGCGCCUGGGGUGCAUGUUUUCUCUUCCUCCAACCACUCCAUGAAGUCUUCCUUUGCGUGCCUUUCUCCGCUUAGAUUUUUCAGGGCUCUCCCUGAGCUCUCCUCUGCCAUUUCCUAGUCUAGUUUGUGUUAUCUUUAUUUGGGGACACACGAUUCUAGUCCUUUGUCCCAAACUUGUCUCGGUAUCACCAGAGCCCUGUGCGCAGGCAGCUGCUGAAUAAACUGGUCUAGUCAUCUCAGAGGCUGCAUUCACUGAAUCGUUCCUAAGAAAAAGAAAGCUGGGAGGAAAGCCUUCGGUCUCCGGUGCUGCUGGUCCAUUCCUUCUCGCCCAAAUGGGGAUUCUUGUGGGAUCGGAGAUUUGCAGCUAGGAGGAACUUUACAGACUGGAAGUCCACCUCCUCCUUUUACAUGUGGGGAAACUGAAGCAGGGUCAGGUCGCUGGCACGCCGGACAAAGCGCUGGAGUUGAAUCCCGCCUCAGACACUCACUAGCCCAUCAAACCCUGGGCAAGGCAUUUGAUCUGUUUCCUCGUCUAUAAAAUGGGUUUAAAAAUGGCACUUACUUCCCAGGAUUGUGAGGAUCAAGUGAGAUUACUGUCUGGUGCUUAGUAGAGCCCUUGGCAUAUACAUAGUAGAGACUUAAUAAAUGCUUGUUAAAUCUAAAUCUAAAAAGUGACAUGUUAGCACAGGGCCUGGCACAUAGUAGGCCCUUACUAAAUGCCUGUCUCCUUCCUCCUUGAGGAUGCAAAAAUAAAGUAGCAAAGCCAGCCAUGCCUUCAGGCCAGCAGCCUCUCCAUCAGCUUGUGGACUUGUAGUGACAGGGAGCUCUCUACCUCCCAAGACUGCCUGGUUUCAAGCAGCUCUAGCGGUGGGGAAGGUUUUCCUUAUUUCAAAUCUUAUAAUUCUGCAAAAUGAAUUGAGAGUAUACAGAACGGCCCAGUAAAAUGCUCACACCCUGUGAUCUGCGGAGCAAACUACUUCCGAGCCUUCCUCUUUCUCUCCUUCCUCCCUGCUUGACCCUCAGCAAACUGGGUGAACUGACCUCUGCCUAUUUGGGUGACAUAGAUUGAAAGUAAACUACCAUAACAACAGCUAACGUUGUGCAGAGCCCUAAGAUUUGUAAAACCUUUCACAGAUCGCUCCUCUGGGUUUCACCACCACCCUGGGAGAUAGGUACCACUAUUAUCUUCGUUUUACAGAUGGGAAAACUGAAGCAGGCAGGAGGUAAGUGACUUUUCUAGGUCACACAGCCAGGACAUCUGUCCUACAUGCAGAUGAGCUGGAUGUAAGCAGGGGGAGCCUGUGCAAGGUCAGCAGCCUCACUUUCCCUUCCAGAGCCAUUGGGGUCCGGGGACCUGAUAGAGAUCAGGAUGACUGGAGGUGGCUCUGGAUACAGGGGGAGCCUGAUUCUGUUUGAACAAAGGACUUCAACAAGGCUCAGUUUGCCUGAGGCCGCCCCCAUUCAGUGAGAAAGUCAUCUGAGACCUGAUUUGAACUCAAGUCUUCCUGACGCCAGAUCUAGCACUCUGUCCACUGUGGCGCCGAGCUGCCGCCAAAGAUACACACGCUAGACGUACUUGGACAGAUGCUUUUCAGAAAGACAGACGUUGACGGACAUCUUAUUGUGCACACUUAUUUAACGCUGAAAAUUCAAGGAAAUGUUUCGGGUAAUUUAUUUCUACGGUCUCCCACAGAACUGGUGCUUAAUAAAUGUUACUUGAAUCACA